AUGGCACCGAAAGCUUUGACGGACUGCCCCGAGAACCUUCGAGAGGCUAUAGACUGGCUCAUCCAGGUGAAGCACGGUGGAGGGAUUCCGAGGCUGUCCGAGGCUCUGAGUAAGUUGUUUGACAAUGUUGUCCAGGACGCUGAAAAGUCUUUGUCUUCUCUCCCCGAAUCAGAUGAGCCGUCCGCCAGAGAUGUUGUCGGCAAAGUUAAUGAGUUUCGGAGCUCUUUUCCGAAAGACUCUUCGAAUACUAAUGAAAACAUUUUACAUAAUCUCUGUUCCUCCUUUGAGACAUUUUUAGGCUAUAAGCCUCCCGGAACCUACGAUGGUUCCGGGAUUGUGUACGGCUCCGCCUCCCGUUUGUGCGACGCCAUAUUGUCAUUUUUGUAUAGAGUAUUCGGUGAUGUCCGUGAUAUUCAGCCGUAUGUUGUUGGUGGAGCCUUGUUGAGUGGCCUAGUUGGUGACCUUGAAAAAGCGAGGUGGACUGGGUACCAUGGCUACAAGACUGUCGUCCCCAAGGUGGCCAGCGGCCUCCGGGACUAUAAUGCGGCUGUCAAGGCUUCGAACGAAAGAGUGAAGAAGCCGAUUGAUGAGAUUAUCGCAUACGUCAAAAAUGACGGUGGUGAGUUAACUCCUAAGAUACGCGAGCUAAAUGAAACUAGUCCUUCAGAUCCCGACGUGGAGAAAUCUAAGAAGCUGGUGGAAGAAUGUGUUGGAAAAGGUAAGGACUUAGGGAAAGCCUUCACUUUGAAAACACAUCCGUAUUACAUGAAAGGUGAGUUUGAUGAUUUGAAUGUAUCGUUGCGUGACAAAAUUCAUAAUGCUCGUAACAAUGUUGGACGUGAGACUGCGAUGCUGAGCAGGUGGUGCAAGAAGCAGUAUGAGAACUACAAGGCUAUGAUCAAAUUGAUCAAGCAGGCCUUCAGGAAGCUUAAAGAUAACAUCAAUUCAAAGAUUCGGAAGGAAGUUACGGACCUAGUUGACUCACUGAAGGGCUUGGUUAGGCAUAUCUUAGUUCAACUGGAAAAUAUCAGUAAGAUACUAACCAGCUAUGUCGUCGCGUUGGAAACGUGGAUGAAAGAAACUGAAAAGUUUAUCGAUGAUGUAUUGCAGAAACAAGUCAACGAAAUUGUAAAGGAACUUGACGAGGAUGAACCAAGCAAAAAUCCGAACCAUAAGAAAGAUCUUGACGAGGCGAUUAAAAAGGUGGAGAGCAAGUUGGGAGAGAGCGUUGGGGAUUUGCAAGCUUGGAAGCAGGUGGCGAACGAACUGCUCGACGAUACGAUUAAGAGUUCUAAUGAAGUGCAUACGAAUUUGAAUCAUAGUGAUCAAGAUCCCCCUGGCGGUAAGUUGACAACGAUUGGUGAGGGAGUUAAGAAAAUUAAGGACGCUAGACAAAAGGUUUUGGAUGUUGAUAGUGAGCUUAAGAAGAGAGUUACGGAGUUGGGGGAUUGGAACGCUGCGGCUAAAAAAGCGCUUGGCACAGCUGUUGACAAGGCACAGGACGUGCAUGGGAGGUUGGAUCAUAAGAAUGGUGGUGGACAGUUGAAGACACAAAUUGAGAAUAUUGACUCAGCUAAGCAGGGACUUGACGAGGCCAAUAGAACCCUUCUCCAACAACUCAACAGCCUGAACACUUGGAUUGACACCGCGGAGAAUAUCCGUGCCAACGCCCAGCAAAAAGCACAGGAGGCCUAUGACAGGCUGAAGGAAUACCAAAAGGAUGGUAAAACUAAGACCACGCUUGCUGCAAACAUUAACCAAAUUGUUGAUGCUAAUAGGAAAAUUAGCGAUGUUCAUAGGAAUCUGAAUGGUGUUGAAACGAAAUUGGCAAAGUGGAAUACUCAGGCCAAGAGUGUGCUUGACGAAGCGGUAAAAAAGGCGCAGCAAGUUCAUGAUGCCUUGGAUAUAGAUGUUAAAGGAAAGAGUAUGCCGCUUGGUACAAACAUUGAUGGAAUUAGUACAAAUAAUGCUGCAAUUAAAGAGGCAAAUGAGAAACUUGGCACUGAAGUUCAGCAUUUAGGUAAGUGGAGGGAUGCCGCCAAGGAUGUUAUUGGCAAGGCGGAGCGGAAGUGUGAUGAGAUUUUGGGGAAAUCUGAUAUAAGCGACGGUAAGAAUGUUGUAAUUAAACAGCAAGCUGAAUUGUUGCAAAAUAAAGCCACGGAGCUUUUGAACGCUUACAAGGAGGCGUAUACUCAAGUUACCGGUUUGACUAAGAAAGUUCAAGGAGCCGUUGAAGAUUUGGAAGAGGGCAUGAAAACGGAUUUGGGGAAUAUCAGAGAUAGUAUUGUGAGCAAGAUGAAAGAGCAUGUUGGAGAGAUGCUUAAGGAUAUUCAGAAGAGUGUGGAGAAGAUUAAGGGGAAGGAUGGGAGUGAUUGGCAAAAUACAGGUGCCUCAGGUCUUUUGGGAAUCGUCAGUGCCGUGCAUAAUUAUGCCACUGCAUUUCGCCACGAAAAUUUUGCGAAUAUUGCUAAGGGCUGGUUGGAAGCCACAAUUUUGAGGUACAACGGCGUAGUACGGAGGAUACUCGGUAAGAAGGAGGACUACGAUGGAACCAAGAAGGAGACGGACAUCGAGCAGUUCGCCAUUGGAAUGAAAGAGAAGCUUAAUGCAGAUGUUAUUGGUAUAGCUAAAGACGCUUUCCAAGGUGUCGAUGUCGUCAGCGGGAGCAUUCAAACAAAUAUCAACGCCGUUAAAACAGCCUGUGAGAUAUUUGCGCAGGGGCUGGAUAAAGAACUGAAGAACCCGGGAAAUAAAAUAGUCUCUGAGGUCAAGGAAAAGGCGUUGACUAAGGGAUCCCUCGUAGCCAAUAUUAAAAAAUGCGUCUGCGAGUGCGAUAAUUGCAAAAAGCCAGACUGUGGCAAAAAAGCCGCCGCGGAAUUGAUAAUGUGCGCGCUGUCCUCCACAGUGCGACAAGUUGGCAACGAACUUAAUUCUGUAUUUCUCGGCGAGGGCGCAAAAGUGAACGGCAACAGAAGUAUCGCACAAGAAUUGGACAAAGUGGUUGAGGACACUAAGACGCUUGACGGUGAUCUAGAAAAUGCAGUUAAAAAAGCAAAAGGCCAACACGGUGCCAAUGGCAGCGGUCUUGCGCAGAAAGUUGAGCAGAUUAAGGAGAAGGUGAGUGAGGAGAUGAAGGCAGAAAACAAUGGUGAAAUAAAGGUUGCAAAAACUAUGGAGGAAUAUGAAAAAAGGAAAACACAAGGACCAGCUGGUGACAAAGAAGGCCUGUACAAAAAGCUACUUGCAGACAUCCCCCAGGCGAUGAACGCUUUCAAGACAGAAGCAGGGCUAAAAAACCCAAGUGAAGUGGAGAAUAAGAAAAAAGAGCUUGAAGGAUUGGUCACCAAAAUCGAAAUAGGGCUCAAGGAAAUCGCCGGACUGGUCGACAGCAGCAAGAAGACUCCGCCGAAAGGCGGUGACACAAUGGAUGGCAUCAGGCAGCGGUUGAACGAUUUGAGUGGGAUGCUUAAGAAUGGAAAUUAUGUUAAUCUUAAAGGAAAAGGUUUAAGUGUGGAAAGUGUCAAAGGCCUUCAAGGAAUCGAGAGUGUUAUUAGCGGUCUGCAAACCAAAGAGUUCAGCAAAACCACUGACAUAGAAGGAGCCGUCACAGAAAUUAGGACGCAGCUUAAGAAACUUCAAAGUGAGUUGAAAAAUGCAAAUGGAAAAAAAGAUCAAGACGUCAUCGAAAGGCUAACAUAUAUGAAGACCAGUGGGCUAGGUGACAGUGACACUGCAAAAUGGACAGUUGAAAAAAAUGAAGUUGAUGGUCUCGGGAAAAUCCAGAAGGACCUUCAAAAGCAGAAUAAGGAUUUGGGCGAACAAAACAAAGAAAUCAAAAAUGCAAUCGAUGAGAUUAGGAGCGUGCUUGGCAUUAUUGGAUUCAAGCUGGACCAUCCGUCACAUCAUGACGACGUGAUUGACCAGUUGGAUAGCUUGGCUAAAAUGAUCGGUAAAAGUCAACAUGAUUAUAGGGGCAAUUUGGUGAACAUUCAAAAUGAAUUUAAUUGGUUGUACAUCGGCCCGUUUACUCAUAGACCCACUGAAAUUAACUCCGCAAACACAGCAAUUAAGGGUGAACUCACUGACCUUCGAGACGUGCUUCAAGGCCACAAGGACGACGAUGUCAUUUUGACAUUGAAAGAUUUGGAGGACACCGGACUGAGCGGAAAAGAGUGGAAUAACAGUGAGAGUAAAAAAGGCCUUGGGGCAAUAAAAGAUGCGCUUGGCAGUCAACAAACUACGUUGACUGGGCAACCGAAAAACAUAGAGACUGGCGUCCAAGAGAUCACCGGGGAGCUUACAAGGCUUCAGAAGCAGUUGAACACUCAGGUCACCGAAAAGCUUACGCUAUUAAAAAACUAUGGCCUUGAAAAAGGCGGAAGCAACUGGACAAUUGACAGUCAGCAGGCCAAAGGCCUCGCUAAAAUCACCGGGGAGAUUGACGAGAUAAAAAGCACAGACGUAAAAGACGUCAAGCAUCAACUCAGUAUGCUCUGCAGCGCCAUAAAGCACGGCGCGAGAGCGCUGAGAGACAACUUAAAGUACAUGAAAAAGUGUCUCAUCGGCGACGGGCUGAAUAAAAUCAAGGACCAAAUUGACGGCCUCCGCUCCAGGCAGCUGGAGGCUGCGAUCAGGGAGUGCAGGGCUUUCAUCGACAGGGACGCCGACGUGUUCAAGGAAAGAUGCAUCGCCGAUCUCAAGCAGUACGUCGAGCAGAAACUCAAGGCGUCGGAGGAAGAGCUGUUACAGGAGGCCCGCCGGCAGUACGUGUCCACCGUCAAGGAGAUGCUGAAGAGCUUCGCUGCCAAGGUGGAGACGGAGCUGGAGGAGGUGCCUAAGGAAAUCGAUCAAGACUUGACGAUAGGAUUUAAAGGGUUUAUGAAGACGCUGGAGGAUGGGACAACUGAUGAUGUAAGCACCGGUAAAGGGGAAAACAUCAAUAAACUUGUAAACGUCAAGUAUCCAAAAGAUGUCUCAGCACUGUCGUCGGCUUUCAUGAAAUUCUUCGGGCCGCUGAAGGAGUAUCUCAAGACAGAGAUUCAGAGGGUGCACGAUGAGGCGAACAAAAAGAAAAAUCCUUCACUGCCCAAAUCCCAAGAGCCCUACGCCCCGAAGCUCUACGAAGUCAACGCCGCACUUAAUACGGUGCUAAUCGAAAUCCAGAACGUACAAGGCUACGAUCACAGACUACACAAGCUGCUUGCCGCGCUGACCAAUGCACUCGAUGACCUCAAGCCGGAGAGCUUCGCCAGGCCCUCAAGUCCCCUACUGGACGGCCUGGUGGAGGGGCUCACAAAGUUCGCCGCCGAGUUCACAUGUGCGUACGUCUCUGCCUACGCCGGGCAGACGUUCACCUCCGACUUGGUCGAAAAUGAGACUGCCACCGAGACCGUAAGAUCCCAAGGCACAAAGUCCGUCACCGUCACAAACGUCAGCAGCCUGACGCCAUACGGCGCCAUGUGCGCCAAGGUCUUUCUCACCCUGCUGCCCACACUGUGCGACGCCUUCACCAGGCUGGCGGAGCAGUGCGGCAAAGGCGGUGCUGCAGGCUGGAGGGAUUUGCAUAUUAAUUCAAGCAGUAAACUCGGCGCUUUCUUCAACCGCUGCGGCUACAAGGUCUCCACCUCCCACACUCAGCAGGACGGCGAGCUGCGCGACGAGUGCAACGGCCACGACGUGUUUGUCCUGGUCAGCCAGAACAUUGAAGAGGCAGAAAACAACGCACACCUCAAAAAAUGCCUGUCCCUCCAACAUGACUGUAAUCUCCUAGAGCUGCUCAAAUGCCUCUGCACGCACCUCACUGAGUACUAUAAGACGUGUCACCUCAAGGUGCAUCCCUCACCCCGGCCGCCGUGCUCUGUGUACGAGAUGCUCGUCUGGUGCUGCGGGCUUACGUAUAAUCCCGUGCAUCUGACCGUCACCCAUGAUGCCCUGCCGUCGCUGUUCGAGGCGCCGGACGAGCAGGACUCUGCGGACUCCGACGUGGCUUUGAUGAACCUCGGCAGCCUGGCGCUGGAGGCCCACCCGCAGAACGUAACACCAGCGUCCCUCACCGACGCCCUCACAGAGGUCUGCCACCAGUCGCACAACGUGCUCACCACCCUACUCGGCUACGGUUAUGCCGGAGGCAUCUACGCCGUAGACUUCAACACCAACCCGGGAGGCCUGCUGUAUCCCUGUGACAUGGACGCUUUGCUCUGCCUGUUCUACGACGUGAUCAAACGCCUCCACCAACAGCUCUAUUUCCUCUACCGCCGGUGCCUCUACAACACCCGGCACGGAGGAUGGCUCGACUGCUGGUACGGCCGGGGCGUCGGAGGAUCGUCGUGGAGGUGCAACACCAUGCAGUGUGCCAACCAAAUAUGUGACCAACAGUGCAACCAAACACACAACCAAAUAUGUAACCAAAAGUGUGAGCAACACCCCAAGUGCGGCGUCAAGUCGCCGCUCCAGUCGUUCCUCGAGGACGGACUGCAAGGCUUCUUGCCGCAUGACCUGUCGGCCAACGGCACCUGUGUCUCAUGCCCCGCCUGUGACACUAAGUCACCCGGCCUCCCGUGCAAGACGCCGAUGGGCCUCUCCAACAUUACCAGGCUGGCCUCCCGUGCCUCCCCUGGUCGACGCAUCAUGGACGCUCUCGGCGCCCUCUGCGGCGGCGCUUCAUCCCCCCUCACCAGGCUCUGCGGCUACCUGGAAUGCCUCCUCACCCGCCCGCCACGGACGCCAGACGACCUGUUCGCCUUCUUCUUCAACCUCAUAAAUGACUGGACUCAGAACGUCGAUCACCGUAAGGCGGCCUUCGAGGGCGCCGUCGGCGCUGCGUGCUUCUGGCAGCGGGGCGUGACACUGGACGUCAGUACAAUCUUCGGCUCCAGUGAGCAUGGCACACUGCCAGACAUGCCUCACCUCAUCGGAGAUCUCAUCUCACUCGUCAAGUGCAACGGCACUCCACACUCCGCUCCGUCACACCCCUGCGGCCCCUUCCUCAAGCCCCUCGGCCACGACGUACGCGCCACCUUCUCCAAGGAACACGCCCACCUCUACCUCUCGUGGGUGGUGUACCUGACCGAGACAUUCUACGACCUGCUCUGUUCACUACUCCAAGAGUGCGAGCGCACCUGCGGCGACGCCACAUCCACCUGCCACGCCAGGAGCUGUGCCAAUGACUGCCCAGCCAAGCGACGGCCACUGGCCCCGAGCUCCAAUCACACUCCCGACUGCCCCUCCAUCACGGACUGCGACGCCACCACGUCCACACUCUUCCGCCUCGCCGGCUCCACCAGCGGCCCACAGUCCAAGCGGACCUGCGAGGAUCUCUGCAUCGUCUUACGCACCGUCCUCAAGCAAAUGAACCCUCUCCACAGGCUGGCGCACGACACCAUCCCCGAGUACCUCUAUCGCAUCCGUGCCCCCUUCCUCUUCGCCAUCAUCGCACUCUGGCUCAUCGCCACGCUCUACAUCGCCCACUCACUCCUCUACCGCAUGGACGUGCUGCGCCUCCGCUCACACCUCCUCACCACCAGGGCCUCCCACCUCAUCGACGUCAAGGCGCUGCUCGCCGGAAGCCGCAAGAUGCUCUCACUAUACAGCGACGUCGACUACUUCGACGACCCAAUGGGUCAACUCGAUAUCUCACAUUAA